GGCGGAUACGCGCCCUCACAUAGACGACGGACUGCGCGAGCUGCUCCUCCCCAGCCUUCGGUGCUCGGGUGUCCCCUGUCUGUAGUGUAGGUUUCUAAACUCCGCCCGUCCAGCGCCAGCAGACAUGGCUGAUCAGUUAACAGAGGAACAAAUUGCAGAGUUCAAGGAGGCCUUCUCUCUGUUUGACAAGGAUGGAGAUGGCACCAUCACAACCAAGGAGCUGGGCACAGUGAUGCGGUCACUGGGCCAGAACCCAACAGAAGCAGAGCUGCAGGACAUGAUCAAUGAGGUGGAUGCUGAUGGCAAUGGAACGAUCGACUUCCCGGAGUUUCUCACCAUGAUGGCUAGAAAAAUGAAGGACACCGACAGCGAAGAGGAGAUCCGCGAGGCCUUCCGUGUCUUUGACAAGGACGGGAACGGCUACAUCAGCGCGGCCGAAUUGCGCCACGUCAUGACCAACCUGGGUGAGAAACUGACAGACGAGGAGGUGGACGAGAUGAUCAGAGAAGCAGACAUCGACGGGGACGGCCAGGUUAAUUAUGAGGAAUUUGUACAAAUGAUGACUGCGAAAUGAAGCGCUCCUGAACUUUUUUUGCCCCUUAGGAAAAAAAAGUUUUACUUACCUCUUGCAAAAAUGUUCAUUUAUCCGUAUUAUUUCUGUAUAGAAAAUAUAAUUGAAUGUUGAGAGAAUCCUUCCCUCCUCUUAUGGGAGGGGGGGGAAAAGCAAAAAUAUCUGCAUGUAAUGGUUAGUGGUUCUGUUCUGUCCCAAAAGCUCAGUCUAGCAUUCAGUCUAAAAGGAAAUAUACCUGUACUACUGCUCACUACCAGAAAGCACUUGAGGAACUCCUCCCAGUUCCAUCUGCUUGCAGCGUCUGGGCUGGCCAUCUCCUUCUCUCCUUCUGUUCUUCAUGCAUGCAGCUUGAGGCUGGCGCACACUGGUAGAUUGGGACAAGCUGGCGACGCUGGGCUGGUGCUGGUUGCGCUUGUGGCAGGGGAAGGUCAGGGAAUGGGGAAUUUUUGGCUCCUGAAGGUUGGGAACUUCACCGGGACCUGGCCAUGUGCUGAAACCAUAGUAGAUCAAUGUACGUAGAAAAGAACUUGAUCAUUGAAAACCAUUUUAGAGAAUGCCAGGAAUCUGGGUGUGGGAUUAACUUUUCCUUGUGCAUUGCACUAGGGUGGGUGGGCGAAGGUGUGUGAAAUGUGACUUUCACAACGAGGAAAUUUUUCUUCUGGCAAGGGAACAUUGUUGACUCGCGUGGAUUUGAUCUUGUGUAUCUACCGUGCAUAGGAUAUCAGCACAAGUCUUUAAGGCUGUUCAUCUGAUUUCAGUUUACGUCCAUUCCAAGUUGUACAUGCUAGUCUUUUAAUUUUUUUUUUUUUCCAAUAAAAGACCAU